GCUAUAGUGUGGAUGAUUAGUUGCUUUAUGCCUGCGACUCUCACGAAUCUACCGCGAGUUGCGAGCAGACGUUUCAUACGCGUUCCACUUUGCAUCUUGAUUCUCAUCGUCCUCGCGACAACGACAAAAAAGUCGCACUACACAAAGUUCGUUUAAUACGACCGCGUGCGUUAUGUGAAAACGCAUCCGCGAUAUACUCGCGAAAGAAGAUAGUAUAAUCGAAGGAAGGAACGAUCAAAUCGAGGGACAAAGCAGAGUGCCCACGCGCAGAGCCAAGCAAGCGUUGUGUGUUACAGCAAUCCAAGGUCCAAGGCAAUUCAGAUUUACGGAAGCAUCUUCAUAAAUACAUAACAGAAAUGACUGAAUGCAUUGAACAUUAUAUGCUUCCUCCAAAACGUUUAUCAUCAAAUUCACCAAUAUCAUCCCAUUUAUUUAUCGAAGUAUCAGAUGAAGUUGAUAGCGGUGAUUAUCGAUUAGAAUCUGCCCGUUUGGAAAGCUUUAAAUCUUGGCCAUGUUUAUGGAUGAAGCCAGAGAAACUUGCCGCGGCUGGAUUUUAUUAUACGGGCGAAAGCGACAAAGUAAAAUGCUUCGAGUGUCAAAUAGAAAUAUGCGAAUGGCAGGCGGAUGAUAACCCGAUGGUCGAUCAUCAACGGUGGUCUGGAAGAUGCAGAUUUGUUCGUAAUAUUCCAUGUGGCAAUGUGCCGAUCGGUACAGAUCCUAACACGAUUCCAGCACCUACAUCUAAAGGAGUGGACGUAUGUGGACCUUAUGGUUCGAUAUAUAUGCCUUACUCUGGUCCAGAUCAUGAAGAUCAAGAGAUAGAGGAAAGAGUAAAUUAUAGAUUGAGAGAUCUUGCUUCAAGACCAAAGCAUCCCGAAUAUGCCAGUUAUGCUGCUAGAUUAGCUUCAUUCGAUACGUGGCCUAAAUCUAUGACACAAACUAAAGAAGAACUGGCAAAUGCCGGUUUUUAUUACACAGGGUGCAGCGAUCAAACAUUAUGUUAUCACUGUGGUGGUGGAUUAAGAGAUUGGGAGCCAGAAGAUGAUCCUUGGAUGGAACAUGCCAAGUGGUUCGAAAAUUGUCAUUAUCUAAUUUUAACCAAAGGAACAGAAUUUGUAAGCAAUGUUACUGGAAAAAGAUAUAGUGCGGCAGAGAAAAAUAUAUCAAUUGAUAAAUUUGAAGAGAAAUAUGAGAAAGCUGAUAGUGAGAGCAAUGCCAGUGGAAGUUCUCAAAAUUCAAUUAACUCUGAAGAAGGCGUUAAUCAUUCAGAAGCAAGUUCUAUAUCGGGUGAGGCUUACAGCGAGGAACAGGUUACUCUUCAAGCACAUAGUGAUAAACCGAUCGACAAAGAUGCAAGAUUAUGCAAAAUUUGCUACAAUAGAGAAUUACGUAUGUUAUUUAUGCCUUGUGGACAUUUACUGGCAUGUGCAGAAUGUGCGAAAAAUAUGAAGGUAUGCGGCGUAUGUCGUAAGCCUGUGGAAGUUACUGUACAAGCAUAUAUCUCAUAGUGUCUUUAUCCUUGUGAUAAAUUACUUUCGGAUUGUUAUAGAACUUUCUACUUAUUAGUAUAAAGACUGACUCUUUCAAACAAAACUAAAUGACAUGACUCAUGUAGCAUACCGAUCAGCAGAUACAAUUUAUGCAAUGUUAAUACAAAUUAUCUAAUUCUUGUUAAUGAAUAAUGAUCAACUUCACAUUGUCACAUUCUUAAUAGAAAGGAUAUUCUCCUUUGUAAAUAUACUUUGUAAACGUUGUGUAAGUAAUAGAUGUUCCUAUAUUAAAAUAUAUGUAUGUAUGUGUGUGUAUAUAUAUAUAUUAUA